AUGUAUCUCAUUGAUUCUAUCUAUCUAUCUAUCUUCCCAUCUAUCUAUCUAUCUAUCAUCAUAAUAAUAAUAAUUCUUUUCUUAAUUUCUUUCUUUUUCUUUUUCUCCCUCAAUUUCCUUUUUUUUCUUUUUCUCCCUCAAUUUCCUUUUUUUUCUUUUUCUCCCUCAUUACGUCUUAUUUUUCGCCUUCUUUACUUUUUCCUCUAUUCUUUCUUCUUCUUCUUCUUUUUCUUCUUCUUCUUCUUCUUCUUCUUCUUCUUAUUAUUAUUAUUAUUAUUAUUUUACAAAUUAUGUUCAGUAUUUGCUUCAUUGUUCCAAUCUAUUCCUUCAGAUCAGCAAGCUUCUAAUUCAUUCUUUCUUUCAUCCAUUUUCACUAUCCACAUUAAUAUCUAUAUAUCUCAGUUUCCAGCAACAUAUUACCACUCUCGAUUGCAAUUUAGCCUAUCUUUAUCUUUUCUUAAAAUAUCUUUUUCUCAUAGCAAGUUUCAUUAUUCCUUCAAUUCUCUCUCUGUCUCUUUUUUCUCUCUCUUUCUCUCCAUCUCUUUGUCCACUCUCUACGUUUAUAAUCGAUACAUUCACGGAUUACGAAGUUCAAAGAAAAACAGACUAUUUUCGCUGCGAGAUAAGAGAUCCCAUGUAAAUUGGGGAGAAAAAGUUAUUAAGGAUAUUAUCAGUGGACGAGAGAUAACUAUCAUCUCUUUCACUCAGAGCCGCAGGCCUGAACAAAACGAAGCCUUGCUGAGCGCCAAAAAUAAUGUCGGUGGACGGGAAAAUCGGUGCGGGUUGGAACACAAUGUGCGUUGA